UUUAACAGAUAAACAUAGGUUAUAGUUCCACUGGGUGGCACAGCGGAAGGAUCGCUCACUUGUUGCCUAUAAAUACCCCUCCGCGGCUCUUUGUUCAUAACAAACUGACUGCGCUCAGAAGUGACCGGAACAAACACCCGCGGGAACCAUUUGUUUUGCCAAGAUGCAGAUCUUUGUGAAGACCCUCACCGGUAAGACCAUCACCCUGGAGGUGGAGCCCAGCGACACCAUCGAGAACGUCAAAGCUAAGAUCCAGGAUAAGGAGGGAAUCCCCCCGGACCAGCAGAGGCUGAUCUUCGCCGGCAAACAGCUGGAAGACGGCCGCACUCUCUCCGACUACAACAUCCAGAAGGAGUCCACCCUCCACCUGGUGCUCCGCCUGAGGGGAGGAAACUAAAGUGCCACCUCCUUUACUCCAGUGUUUGCUCCUUCUGAUCCGCUGUCUUUUGUUUCUUAUUUCAAUAAAGGUUGCACAUUCCUGAAGGUUUCUUUCAGACUUUUAAUGAUAUUGCUUUGCACUUUAACCGCCUGGCUGAGAGCUAAAGCUUUUCUUUGCUUCCAGAACUUGAGGUAAAUGCAGAACAGGAUGUUUGUAACUGUUUGUGGUUGAAGUGGUCCAACGUUAAAGUUCACUAACCUGCUUCAUCAGGUUCGCUUCUGACACCUCAAUGUUUGUUUUCAUUAUGAGCUUCAUGGAAAUGCUGUUACUCGUUAUCUGAACUAAUAAAUGGCUUCAAACUGUCA